GCCAAGGGACGAACGGUCCAUAAUCACAGAAACCAUGGGUUAUUUCAAGGGGCGGCACACAAUGAAUUCAGAGGCAAACAGCGCGCUGCAGCAGCUUCGCUUAACGGGUAUAUAGGGAAGGUCAUUUCUGUCCUUUAGCCCUCCAUCUAUCAACUCUCUCUUCCUACCUUUAUUCAUUCAAACAAUACUCAUCAGACGCUCCUUUCUGCUUGGGGAUUCCUGGUCAUUCUUUUCCUUUCAUUUCUUCCGUCACUCCUUUCAGCCUUUCGGCGCUGUCCUUGAACUACCAAACUCAGACAACCAACUACAUUCUUUCUCCAAGAUGCAAAUCAAGAACAUCCUGCUGCUUGCAGCCCUCGUUACGGGCAAUAUGGCCCGUCUGCACGGCCAUGCCCGCCGCCAUGCUCAUCUCCAAGCCGGAGAGCUUGAGAGACGCCAGUACUCGCCCUCCUCCACGGCGACAGCUACAGCUACAGCUUCUGCUUCGUCCUCGGCUUCGUCUUCGUCUUCGUCUUCAUCUCCCUCUUCGUCCGGUUCUUCGGACUGGCUGUCCACUCCCUCUAGCGGUUCUUACUCCACCAAGGGUUUCGGAGGCGUGACUGCCUCCAGCGGCAGCGGUAUCAACUAUGUUGGCAACGUUGGUAACCCCUGGGGCAGCAACAUCAUUGAGGUGUCUGCCAGCGACGCCUCUCAAUACGAAUACGUCGCCCAAAUUACCGGUCAGAAUACCGAGGACUGGGACAUUGUGUUCUGGAACAAGAUCGGUCCCAACGGUGGCUUGAACGGCUGGUAUGGCAACUCAGCCCUGAAGCUCACCCUGAGCCCCGGCGAGACCAAGUACGUUGCCUUCGACGAGAACACCGACGGUGGCUUCGCUGCUGCCCCUGGUGGCACUAUCCCCACAGACAGCAACGGAGGCUACAGCGCCACCUGGGGUGAAUUCGACUUCGGAAACAGUGGAAACAACGGCUGGUCCGGUUACGAUGUCUCUGCCAUCCAGGCCCAGGCUGCAGGCCAGACCAUCCAGGGCAUGAAGAUCUGCCAGGCUCCCGACACCGCCUGCUCCAUCAUCACCCCCGGCGCUGCUCAGGUCACGAACGCUUAUACUCAGGCUAAUGCUGAUUUGGGCGGUAUUGGUGGCAACAUCGCCAGUGGCCCUGUUCGACUUUCUGUUGUGAUCGACUACUCUGGCUAAGCUAGAGUAUUCUAGAUCAAUAUCCGUCUGAACGUUUCACUUCUAAAACAUUGUACAUUUUUCCAUUUUCAUAUAUAACUAUACCAGUUUGGUGUUAACUUUUGGGUGGAAACGUCAAGAAUGAAUUGUAUAUUCCAGAAUAGAAAAAAGGGAAAAGCUAACAAAAUAAAACCCAAGAUCUUCACCUAACUCAGCAAACUAACUAGUAGUUAACU